AGUGAUCUGAAGCAGUAUUUAUUCUGACUUAUAAGCCAUGUUUAGAGGUUGCUUUAGUCCGACAUAAAUGACGUUUUCCAGGCUUUAUGUAUGACAAAACUUAUAUUACAAAAUAUAGAUUGCAUUUUUAUUUAACAAUAUUCAAACCGGAGUUGAGGGAGAAAUGAAUAUUUCAUCAUCAAGAAUUGCAACCAUUAUAGAAGUCUCAAGAAAGAAAUGCAGCUUGCUGGGAAUUCUUGUUAUUAUGGCCAGUUUCAUGUUUUUCGUGUGGCAAAACCAUUGGGAUCAGUACACAAAAAGCCCUCCCAUCUUCGAUCCUGCUCCACGAACAGAAACCUACAGGAAAUAUAAUCCUCUUCCCAAAGGUCCUGAUGGUAUACCGUAUGCCGAAAUAGAAGUAAUACGAAGCGACUGUGGGCAACUAUGCAAUACGUCACGGCCUGGCACUCCAGGUCCGUAUUUUAACCAUGUUACGGCACCAAUAAACUGUAUAGCAAUUUUCAGAAAUGAAUACAUUGAUAAAGGGCAUGGUUUGAAAGUGGCACCAAAAAAGAUUCCAAAAAAACUUCUCAAGGAUUUUACAAUGAAUUUUCGGCUGCCAGUAUCAUAUUAUUAUUAUAACAAUCCAUACUUUGCCCAAAAGGCUAGAACGCCAGUAUGGACAAAAGCAAGCGUAGAACAAAUGGUCUCGCUGGCAAAGAGAGGGGCUUUAGGAGGAAAUUAUGGAAUUUCCGAAACAAACGCGUUAAGAGAUGGAAUGCGGCAUGCUCCUGGCAUCAAAGGUGGACGCGUCUUAGUUAUAGGGUCUGAGAAUCCAUGGGUUGAGGCAUGCGUAUUGGAGGCUGGAGCAAAAGAAGUUGUAACUCUUGAAUAUGGAGAAAUUAAAUCCCUACAUCCAAAAAUUAAAACUUUCACUCCUAGAGAAUUUAGCAAGGCGUUUCUGAACAAUAAACUUGGUGAAUUUGAUGCUGUGGUAACAUUCAGUUCGGUGGAACAUUCUGGACUUGGUAGAUAUGGCGAUGGACUUAAUCCUUGGGGAGAUAUCAUAGCAAUCGCCAGGGCAUGGUGUGUUACAAAGAAAGGGGGAUCGCUGACUAUAGGAGUAAUGUUUGAUAAUGGAAAAGGCUAUAUUGGAUAUAAUGGUGGACGAUAUUAUGGAAAAAUAAGAUACCCGUAUCUCGCCACUAACUGGAAACAACACUACAGAGGGAGUGGACUUCAAAGAGUCCAUGUGUUCACAAAACCAUAAAUCUAGGAAAUAAGAACAUCAUUUUGUCAUCAGACUCCAUACUGUAGAAUUUUUUAUGCAUGUGUGUGUACCAUGUUUGUUCAGUUCAUUUGACUUGAAAUCUUUGAUAUGGAAGAUUUUUUUUUACGAAAAGGAUUAUAACAAUGCUCCUGGGUACUAUUUAAUUAAACUAAGUGCAUGGUUAUGAUAAGCAUUGAUGCCUUUUCCAAAAUAAAAAUUUCAUGGCUCCUGGGUCAUGGGCUCUGGUGUUAGGACUUGGCUCUAUUGAUUAUUUAGUGAAAAUACAUCAAUUCUUUUAAAAUCUUCUCUCCU